AUGUCCUCCUUUGGCAGCGAUUAUCAUCCUUCUGUUGAUACGAAUUCGAGUGCAAUUCAGCGUGGCCUUCGCCCAAUCUUCUUUGUUUUCGCGUUUCAAGGAUUACUAUUAGUUGUCACAAAUGGUACUCUAUCGUACGUAAUCGCAAAACACUCCAUACUACGACGUCGAUACACGGUUCAGUUGGCAGAGAUCACGAUCAAUGCUAUAAUGGGAGUGGGUCUUUCGACUGCUGGAAUAGGACGCAUUAUAAUCACGUUUGUCGAACCGGUUGAUAAUUACUCGAAGUCUCGACGUUACUGCAUGUUAAUGCCGUGGAAUAUAUUGGCUGCUUGGUGCGUACUUCGUAAUGUUCAUGUUCUUAAUUUGCACAUCACCUAA